AUGAAGCUAGUGCUGUCCUUGCUCCUGGGCGUCGCGACUGCCGCCCCACUCCAGCUCUGCACGGUCAAUCGUUUGGUCGUCUCCGAGUCCAAGGGUGCGCUUUACACGGACGUGAUGCGCAACAACGACAGCGAACGCUUCGACUACGACCCGACGACCAAGCUGCUCAAGGUCAAGUCGACCGGCCAGUGCGUCAAGGCGUAUAUGCCUGUCAUGGUCAAGUGCGACCCGACCGACGUUCUCCAGCAGUGGGAGCUGCGAAACAACCGCGUCUAUUCGCCGUGGGGGGUCCAGUGCCUCCAGGCCGAUCCGGCGACGCCCGGUGCGCGUGUAGGCAUUGCUCGCUGCGACUGGACGACGUCGCUGGCCUCGGGCGAGUUUCUCACCGACUGCACCUCGGUUGCAUCAGAGUACGUGACCAUCUUGACGGUGAACAACCGGCGUCUUGCAUCAGUGAAGCCGGACCCCGAGCGUUGGCCCAAGGCUUUGUCGACCCUGUCGGUUUUCGACUACAGCAGACGAAUUACGACCUUUUUCAACGAGCUUUUUGUCUGGGACAAGACCAACAAGAUGUUCAAGAACGCCCAAGAUGGUCAGUGCUUGGGUGCAUCCAAGGACGCCGAUGGCACAGUCCAGCCCGGUAUGUUUCCGUGCGACGUCCAAAGCUCCAACCAAAAGUGGAACUACGACACCAAGCUCUCCCAGCUCGUCCACGCCACGUACACUGACCAGUGCUUGAUCAUCUACGCAGAUGAUUCUCUGCAUAUGACAACGUGCGUCAAGCGCUGCCCCGGCAUUUACCAGCACUGGGAGUUCAUGCAGAACCGCGUUUUCUCCAAGGUCUUCAAGGAGUGCCUCCCGACCAAGCUGACGACGCCCGGAGCGGCACGUUGGCCUAGCUAA